GUGUGCUGCACAGUCAGCCGGCCUCCCUCCCAUCGCCCCAAUUCCAGUUGGUUUCCCCCAAAUCCACCAUUUCCACGCUUCGACAAAUCCAAUCGCACUAUCGGAGAAUCGAUCCAAUGACGGGUCCUUCACUGAUGGACUCCCUCUUCCAGCGCUCAAUCGACGACCUAAUCAAAGCCCUCCGCCUCACUCCGCCCGGAACGGAGACCGCCUUCGUCGCCAAAGCGAUCGACGAGAUCCGCCGCGAGAUCAAAUCCACCGACCCCCACACCAAGGCCGCCGCCCUCCAGAAACUCACCUACCUCCACUCCCUCCACGGCCUCGACAUGUCGUGGGCCGCCUUCCACUCCGUUGAGCUCUCCUCCUCCUCCGCCCACUCCCACAAGCGCACCGCCUACCUCUCCGCCGCCCUCGCCUUCAACCCCGCCACCACCGACGUCAUCCUCCUCCUCACUCACCAGCUGCGCAAGGAUCUCUCCUCGCCGAAUGUCCACGAUGUGAGUCUCGCCCUCUCUACUCUCUCCUCGAUCUGUAACACCGAUUUGGCGCGCGAUUUGACGCCCGAGCUGUUUACUCUGCUUAGUAGUAGUAAGGUUACUGUGAGAAAGAAAGCGAUCGCUACUGUUUUGAGGGUUUUUGAAUGUUAUCCUGAUGCGGUGCGUGUUUGUUUUAAGAGAGUUGUGGAAAACCUAGAGAAUUCGGAUUUGGGGAUAUUGUCUGCGGUUGUAGGGUUGUUUUGUGAGCUCACUGAAAAUGAACCUAGAUCAUAUUUGCCGUUGGCGCCUGAAUUUUACAAGAUUUUGGUAGACUGCAAGAAUAAUUGGGUUCUGAUCAAAGUGCUAAAGAUUUUCGCAAAAUUGGCUCCUCUAGAGCCGAGGUUGGGUAAGCGAGUGGUGGAGCCUAUCUGUGAGAUCAUGAAGACGAUGGGAGCUAAGUCGUUAGUGUUUGAGUGUGUGAGGACGAUCUUGACUAGUUUGAGUGAACAUGAUUCGGCAGUGAAGCUAGCAGUGAGUAAGGUACGGGAGUUUCUUUCAGAAGAUGAUCCGAAUCUCAAGUAUCUAGGCCUGCAAGCGCUUGCUCUCGUUGCACAGAACGAUAUUUUAGCAGUUGUGGAGAACAAGGAUUUGGUGGUUAAAGCACUGAGUGAUUCCGAUUUGAAUAUUAGGCUUGAGGCCUUGAGGCUUGUAAUGUGUAUGGUCUCUGAGGAUAAUGUGAUGGAAAUUUGUAGGAUCUUGAUCAGUCAUGCACUAAAGUCUGACCCGGAGUUCUGUAAUGAGAUCUUGGGAUUCAUUUUAUUGACUUGUGGUAGGAAUUAUUAUGAGGUGGUUUUUGAUUUUGAUUGGUAUGUGUUGUUUCUUGGGGAAAUGGCAAGGGUUCCACAUUGUCAGAAGGGGGAUGAAAUUGCAACCCAACUUAUUGAUAUUGGCAUGAGGGUUAAGGAUGCUAGAUAUCAGCUUGUUAACGUUGCUCGUGAGCUGGUUAUUGAUCCUGCAUUACUUGGUAAUCCGUUUAUGCAUGCGGUUCUGUCUGCUGCUGCCUGGGUUUCAGGAGAGUAUAUCAAGCUUUCAAGAAAUCCGUUUGAGAUCAUGGAAGCACUGUUACAGCCACGGACUAGUCUCCUUAGUCCAUCUGUGAGAGCCAUAUAUAUACACUCCGCAUUCAAGGUGUUGAUGUUCUGUGUUUACUCGUAUCUCAAGCUAAAUGGAGAGGAAUCUUCAAUUCCCUCUACAUUGACAGAUUCAGAACUAGUAUCUGAUGUUGAAGUGGAUGAUCAUAAUAUGAUUGUUACCAAUGGGCAGGCACCAUCAGCUUCUUCGGUAACACAACAUCUUACUCAAGAAUCUCUCUUGGCUCUAGUCAAUCUUGUUGAAAUUAAUUUGGGACCUUUAGCUGGGAGUAAUGAAGUAGAAGUGCUGGAAAGAUCUACCAAUGUCCUUGGAUUAAUUAAAUUGAUAAAACCAAUGCUCCUUGGUUCUCUCAACGAUGGUGAAGGAGAUCAAACUAAGGGAGAACUAAAAACUCCUGAAACAGUAAAGUUGAUUUUCGAUUCAUGCUCAGAAGAUCUUGGUCCAGUCUCAGUUAAUGCACAAGAGAAGGUACCCAUACCUAAUGGGUUGGUGCUCAAGGAAAAUCUUGAUGAUUUGGAAGAAAUCUGUGGUGAUAUGAAAUUGCCAUUAUUAACUUCAUUUUCGCUUGUCAAACCUCAAUUUGCAGAAGCCUCUAAUAGCGUAGAAUGCCAGGGUAAGGAAGAGUCUGAACUAUCAACUGAAUCGACAUCGUUACUUGCAGAGCACAGGAAGAGGCACGGUUUAUAUUACCUUUCUCCAGGAAAUAGAGUGACGACGUCCAAUGACUACCCACCUGCUCAUGACCCCAAUGAUAAGGCUAUCGAUGAGGAUGAAGAUCUUGCCAAGUUGACAGAGAAAUCACUCGUCACUGGGAAAAAGCCUAGUCAAUCCAAGCCUAGGCCCAUGGUUGUGAAGUUUGAUGAUGGGGAAGUAACUACUGUCGCAACAAAUAGAACUGAGGCCAAGGCUGGUCUAAUAUCCGGUGCUGUCAAUGAAGUGCUUCUAGGCGAUGAAGCCACAACAUCAUCAUCAUCGAGAAGAAAACCACCAAAAUCAAGAAGGGGGGCCGAGGAUUCAAACGUUAGCAUAACUGAGUCCAAAAGUGAUGCAAGUAAAAUUGAUCAAUCUGAGCACAGUAAAGCUGGUUUGGGAGGCAAACACAAUGGGCAUGGUAAAGAGAGGAGACGUCGAACCUCGGGCAAGGAUAAAGAACAUGAUUGCAAAGACAAGCAUAAAAGUGAUAGUGUGGCGCAUGGUAAGCACAGGUCGCGGCACAGAGCAGAUAAAGCAGUGGAGGCUCAAGCACCAGUCAUUCCUGAUUUUCUUUUAUAGCAAGGCCUUCCAGAGCAAAAUCUUAAGUUCAGUUGUUGUGAUUAACAUCCUUGUUUUUUUCACACUGGAUUUGGUUGUGGUAAUUUAAUUCUUUUGAUUCACCUCACAAUUUGUAGCAAAAUUUUGAUCUUGCAAUGUAUAGCGGUUUGUGAUUGUUUGGAACUGUUUGGUUUGUGAUUGUUUGGAUGAAAAGGCGUGAUAAUCAGUUGAAAUUAAAGUCUUUUUUCUUAA